CUGCGCCGCCAAAGCCCCGGGCCCCAGCGGCCCCCCACCCCUCGCUCGCGCGCUCCCACACUGCCUCCCCCCGCUCCCCGGGGGGAAGGCCUUUUAAUUUAUUUAUUCUGCCGGGACCGGGGUGGGGGGCUUGACUGGCAGGCCGCGGGGAGGGGGGGUCUCCUCGGCUUGGCCCUCCCGCGGCCCCGGCUGCCCCCUCCAGCUCCGGGGCGCUCCACGCCGUGCGCCCCCGGGGCCUCCCGAACUGUCUCCAAACUGCCCGGAGCGGAGGUCCGGGAGCGGCGGCGGCCAAUCAGCGCUCGGCUUCCAUUUUGUGAGUUCAACUCCGAGGCUUCCCCGGCUUUGGCGUGGACGCGUUCGCAGACCCCUCGGUCUCUCCUCUCGGGCUGCCGGGGCGAAGCGGCCGCCUGGCUGGGGCUCCGUGGUGCUGUGUUUCAUAUUGGGGUUCUUUUCGGGGUUUGUAAUUUGGCCGUGGGUAGGUAAUUGGCUGGAGCAGGGCGGCAGGGCGCGGCAGCCAAUCAGCACGCGGCUUCUAUAGGGCUUGAGUUAUUAGACGCUGAUCUCAAAACAUCCUUCAUCAGACUCCAAGGAGAGGCCAACAGAUGAGGGGAGCCAUUUUUCUGCAAUGGAAUUAAAUGGCCAAGUGGGUUUUUCCUUUGUUGAAAAUGGGGAAUGCUCUUCCUUUGACUCCACCAUCCAGUUCAGGACGCCUGAAUGUGUUUAACAUUUGCCAAAGGACUCAGAGUUGGAAGAAUGAAGAAGACCUUUUAAAAAGAUCUGGAUUUUUCCUUAUGACUUGGAAUCCAUCUUUGUCUUGUAUAACUAGGUCAUAGCACACUAUUAAUGUCAGCAGUUAACAGUUUUGAAUUCAAAAAACCUAAGUAAAUGACAUAUUUAAUUUUUUUUCCUUUUUUUUUUCUUGGGUGGGUGGCGGGGUGGGGGGAGCGCUUGGAACUGUCUUAAUCUGUAUUCUCUUGACCGAACAAUAAAUUUUUAAAUAUAGUUUCCUCUAUUAAACACUUAAGUCUGGCCAUCUUAUUAACUCUUUUUAACAAGGUAAUGUUUUAAAUGUAGAGUCAUAGGAGUAGCGAAAUGGCAGCAACAACAAACCGAGCUGUUGUUACUGUUAAAUUUUCUAAAAACCUUUUUACAUUGUAAGUACCCAAUCCAUUGUCCUUACUGCAGUUUUCAUGUUACUGUCGCCUGAGAUGUCCUGAAUUUUCCGAACCUUCAUCUGCACGUAUGUCUUUGUCUCUGUCUGAUGUCAGUUAAAAUGCUCUUAGACGUUUGCUUUUAUAAAGCUACGGUUUUUAGCUUCAAGCUUUUUGAAAAAUGUUUACAGCAGUGGAUGCUAUUCAGAUUUCUUCCCAGUAACUCGUACACUUUGAGAAAAAUCGAUCUAUUUGAAGAAAAACAGCUGUUUUUCUCAACUUGGGUGGUGAUGGUGGUGGUGGUGGGGAGAGAAAGGAAGACCUUUGUAUAAAAAGACUGAAAGCCGUCACUGAAAACUAGAUUAAAACUGGAAAACAAGUCCUCGCUGGUUCAAGCCAAACACCUACGUUAACUCGGUAUUUUCUAUGGUGGUUGGGAUGGCUGGUGAGCUAUUUUGCUUUUGUUUGAUUUGACUGUGUUUUCGCCUUUUGUUUCUUAAUGACGGUCACACCAUUGCUAAAUCCAGAGCAGUAAACAGUCCUCAGCGAAGCCGUCUUUUUGCCAGCCCAACCCUGGAAAGUUUGCAGUCGUGGAAGAAGCAGAAAAUACCACGAGUUUAACUUACAAAAGGUCUUGGCCGGAGCCCGGAGCAAUGUCUGGGUUCCUCCCCCACAGUAGACAAGCCUUGCUUCCUCUGGACAGCUGGAGCAGGCCUAGAUUGGCCGACAGCCUUCCCAGUGAGGCAGGGCAGGAAGACUAUGAUCGGCUGCGGCCUCUGUCCUACCAGAACACACACCUCGUCCUCAUCUGCUAUGAUGUCAUGAACCCCACCAGUUACGACAACGUCCUCAUCAAGUGGUUCCCUGAGGUCACACAUUUCUGCCGAGGGACCCCCACCGUGCUCAUCGGCUGCAAGACAGACCUGAGGAAGGACAAGGAGCAGUUGCGGAAGCUCCGGGCAGCCCAGCUGGAGCCCAUCACCUACACACAGGGCCUGAGUGCCUGUGAACAGAUGCAAGCUGCACUCUAUCUGGAAUGUUCUGCCAAGUUUCGGGAGAACGUGGAAGAUGUUUUCAGGGAAGCCGCCAAGGUGGCCCUCAGCGCCCUCAAGAAAGCACAGAGGAAGAAAAAGCACAGGAUCUGCCUGCUGCUGUGAACCUGGGGGAACUGUCGCAGCGAGGGACCCCGGCCCCCUCACAGCCUUGCGGUGCCUGGCGCCAGGGCUAGACUCUCAGAACAUUCUGGAACUAUCCCCUUCGGGGUCACACUGUAGUUCAGCGGUGAAUGCAGAUGCCAGACCCCACCGGCACUCUACCCUGGGACGGGCACUCAUCGCCAGGCUGCGGGAGGGCCCUCCCUGUCACAGCUCCUCCUUGCCCUAGCCACGCCUGUUUCCUUUCCAAACCCAACUCAUGCUAAAACCUCAGAGCAACAUGUGGAUGUGCAAUGCUGUUCAGAGUCCCCGUCUCCGUGAGCUCUUGAGAUAGGCUCAGCUACAUCCUCCAGCCCCUUCCUGCUUCCCCUCAGGAACCUGGCGGCCACAGCCUAUCAGGAGAAUGCAGGCGUCAAGCCGGACAUGAGGCUGGCACUGGCCUCUCCCUUCACACCACACUGAGGACUUCUGCCUCAGCCUUGGCCACAGACUGAGACACAUGUUAAAGUGCAGAAGAAACAACCUCUCAAAAGGUCAAAAUGAAUGUAGGCCGCCCAUCUGACUCCUGCUGCAGUCUCUCCUCCAAACCCUCAGCCGAUUUCCACUGGAGACUCCUGAUAGCCAGUGCCCAGGCUCCUGACGGAUGCGCUCACCCUGGACUAUGCCCCAUCUCUAAAUGGCUGGGGUUGGGUCAUCUGAGUGGUCAGCCUCACCAUGACGUGGAGGUCGGGAGUAGGCUACCCCUGCCUCGUUCCAGAACUGACAUGGCCACCCCUUCCCACACCGGACAGUUUCUCGGAACUCGCCUACAGAUCGCCGGUGUCUCCCACGGCAAGAUUCUCGAGUCCUGACACCUUCUAGAAGGUCUAGAGUCUGCGUUUCAGAACUUUUCAAGCCAGGCAUCCCACUUCAGUGCCUCCGAGAUGAAGGGGGCAUCACCCGACCAUGGAACCAUGGCCUUGGCUGACCCGUCUGUCCCAGUACCUCCUGACUCAGCCCCCAAGGUCAGGUUGCCAAGGACCCCCUCCCCUGUCCAAGGCCCUGUCCCCUGAGGAGCCAACCAAGGACCUCUUGCUCUCUCCGAAUCCUAGACGUUGUGGAUAGAAAGGUGUAGAGCAGUGGUCAGUGAACCACAGCCUGUGGGCCACAUGUAGCCCCUGCCUGGUUUUGUAAAUAAAGUUUUAUUGAAAAGCCACAA